GCAGAGUCAAACCACCAUCGGGUUCCUAGGCAGAGUUUUUCUGCACUUUUCCUGCACUAGAUCCUGAGGCAAAAACCAGCGAGCAGCCUGGGAAGGAACUCCUGGCAAAGGACACCUGGGAGGGAGUGUGUGCUGCCUGCGACUGAGUGACCCAGGUUUUGCGUGACUUCACCAUGUGCGGAUUUGCAAGGCGCGCCCCAGAGCUCCAGCAGAUUUGGAAACACGGUCCCCAGGUCUGGGAAAYCGCUAAACACACCGGUCAACAGUGUUCUUGAAUUGAUAGUGGCUGUUGCUUAUCAGGACAGCAGUUCAGACAGUGGAAAUCACAGCAGAGAGAGCGCCAGCAUCAUGUUCUGCACAAAGCUCAAGGAUCUCAAGAUUACAGGGGAAUGUCCUUUCUCCUUACUGGCCCCAGGUCAGGUUCCUAAAGAUCCAGCAGAGGAGGUAGUAGGAGGUGCGGAGAGCUGCAAAGCAGCCCUGCCCAUCUGUCAAGACAUCCCUGAGAAGAACGUACAAGGAGCACAUCCACAAAGAAAGACCAGUCGGAGCCGAGUCUAUCUUCACACCUUGGCAGAGAGUAUUUGCAAACUGAUUUUCCCAGAGUUUGAACGGCUGAACCUUGCACUUCAGAGAACAUUGGCAAAGCAUAAAAUAAAAGAAAGCAGGAGAUUUUUAGAAAGAGAAGACUUUGAAAAAAUAAUUGCAGAUCAAGCAAUUGCAGCAGGGGUUCCAGCGGAGACCAUCAGAGAAUCCCUCGGUGAAGAGCUCUUUAAAAUUUGCUAUGAGGAAGACGAACACAUACUCGGCGUGGUUGGAGGCACCCUGAAAGAUUUUUUAAACAGCUUCAGCACCCUCCUGAAACAGAGCAGCCAUUGCCAGGAAGCAGAAAAGAAGGGCAGGCUUGAAGACGCCUCCAUUCUAUGCCUGGAUAAGGAGCAKGAUUUCUUAAAUGUUUACUAUUUCUUCCCCAAGAAAAUCACAUCCCUGAUCCUUCCCGGUGUCAUUAAGGCAGCUGCUCACACACUGUAUGAGACCGAAGUGGACGURUCCUUGAUGCCUCCCUGUUUCCGGAGUGAUUGCACGGAAUUCGUCAAUCAGCCCUAUUUGUUAUACUCUGUCCACGUGAAAAGCACCAAACCGUCUCUGUCCCCCGGGAAACCCCAGUCCUCCCUGGUGAUCCCCGCAUCGCUCUUCUGUAAGACCUUCCCAUUCCAUUUCAUGUUUGACAAAGAUCUGACCAUUCUGCAACUUGGCAAUGGCAUUAGAAGACUGAUGAACAGGAGGGACUUUCAAGGAAAGCCAAAUUUUGAAGAAUACUUUGAAAUUCUGACUCCCAAAAUCAACCAAACCUUUAGUGGGAUCAUGACAAUGUUGAAUAUGCAAUUUGUCAUACGAGUGAGGAGAUGGGACAACUCUGUGAAGAAAGCUUCAAGGGUUAUGGAUCUCAAAGGCCAAAUGAUCUACAUUGUUGAAUCCAGUGCAAUAUUGUUCUUGGGGUCACCCUGUGUGGACAGAUUGGAAGAUUUUACAGGAAGAGGGCUCUACCUCUCAGACAUCCCAAUUCACAACGCACUGAGGGAUGUGGUCUUGAUAGGGGAACAAGCUCGAGCUCAAGAUGGCCUGAAGAAGAGGCUGGGGAAGCUGAAGGCCACCCUUGAGCAAGCCCACCAAGCCCUGGAGGAAGAGAAGAAAAAGACAGUAGACCUUCUGUGCUCUAUAUUCCCCUCUGAGGUGGCUCAACAACUGUGGCAAGGGCAGGUGGUGCAAGCCAAGAAGUUCAGUAAUGUCACCAUGCUUUUCUCAGACAUCGUUGGGUUCACUGCCAUCUGCUCCCAGUGCUCACCACUGCAGGUCAUCACCAUGCUCAAUGCCCUCUACACUCGUUUUGACCAACAGUGUGGAGAGCUGGAUGUGUACAAGGUGGAGACCAUUGGUGAUGCAUAUUGUGUAGCAGGGGGAUUACACAGGGAGACUGAUACCCACGCCGUCCAGAUAGCCCUGAUGGCCCUAAAGAUGAUGGAGCUCUCUGACGAAGUCAUGUCUCCCCAUGGAGAACCUAUCAAGAUGCGAAUUGGACUGCAUUCUGGAUCUGUUUUUGCUGGAGUUGUUGGAGUUAAAAUGCCCCGUUACUGCCUUUUUGGAAAUAAUGUUACUCUGGCUAACAAAUUUGAGUCCUGCAGUGUGCCACGAAAAAUCAAUGUUAGUCCAACAACCUACAGAUUACUCAAAGACUGUCCUGGUUUUGUGUUUACCCCUCGAUCAAGGGAGGAACUUCCACCAAACUUCCCCAGUGAAAUUCCUGGAAUCUGUCAUUUUCUGGAUUCUUAUCAACAAGGAACAAAUUCAAAACCGUGGUUCCAAAAGAAAGACGUUGAAGAUGGCAAUGCCAAUUUCUUAGGCAAAGCAUCAGGAAUAGAUUAGUGAGCUAUAUGCUUGUUAGUCUUUGGGUCUGACUCCUUCAAGAAUGUGUAGAGUUUCUGAAAGCACAUURGAAUUGCAGAGACUCAAGAGCAGUAUUAAAAUUUCAGGAGCUAAGUCAUAAUCUACCCUUUCCCCAUUUAACAUGACAAAAAUAUAUUCCUUUCAGUACUUCAGUUCUUCAAAGAGAAACCUCAAUCAGUGACUUCUGAAGGUGUAUUUCUGUAAUAUAACAAUCACUUAACUGCCUGCACUCUGAAUUCAGCACGCAUUGUACAUAUAUCAGGCAAUUGUAGUCAACUGUACAAAGUGAUGCAGUCACCUGAAAUCUUGUGUCCUGGUGCAAUGUCAUGGUUACUAAAGUGUAUUUGUGAUAGUGU